UUUACUCAUAGAAAAAAAAUAUAACUUGAAAGAUUAAUAGUUUACUAGCAUUUAUUUCACUUGAAGACAAGCUCGUUUUACAAUUAAGAUAUAAUUCUACAUUACAUUCGUAUCCCUAAUAAUUUAUCGUCAAGACUAAAGGUGUGCAGUACGAUUUGAAGAAGUUUACAACAGAUAUAUAUAGUUCGAUCGAUACACGUGCGUUGAGAAGUAUACGAUUCUUCAUCGCAUUCGUAUCUCUAAAACCAUAUCGUCAGGACUAAAGGUGUGUAGUACGAUUUGAGUAAAUUUACAACAGUUAAUUAGUUCGAUCGAUACACGUGCGUUGAGAAGUAUACGAUUCUUCAUCGCAUUCGUAUCUCUAACACCAUAUUGUCAGGACUAAAGGUGUGUAGUACGAUUUGAAGAACUUUACAACAGUUAAUUAGUUCAAUCGAUACACGUGCGUUGAGAAGUAUACGAUUCUUCAUCGCAUUCGUAUCUCUAACACCAUAUUGUCAGGACUAAAGGUGUGUAGUACGAUUUGAAGAACUUUACAACAGUUAAUUAGUUCAAUCGAUACACGUGCGUUGAGAAGUAUACGAUUCUUCAUCGCAUUCGUAUCUCUAACACCAUAUUGUCAGGACUAAAGGUGUGUAGUACGAUUUGAAGAACUUUACAACAGUUAAUUAGUUCAAUCGAUACACGUGCGUUAAGAAGUAUACGAUUCUUCAUCGCAUUCGUAUCUCUAACACUAUAUUGUCAGGACUAAAGGUGUGUAGUACGAUUUGAAGAACUUUACAACAGUUAAUUAGUUCGAUCAAUGUACGUUCGUAGAAAAUUUAUCUGAAGCCGUUUACACAGCAAUUGUGCAGUCUCAUACCACAAUGGAACACUAUAACGUUAAAAAUGAUUGGCUUGAGUGCGUUGAAAGUCGUGAAAGUGAGGAAGUAUUCGUUACCACUGAAGAACAAUUGACCGGACUCUCAUACUUUGCAAAUCCAAAUCUUCAUGUAGGCUUCCAAUUAGACCCGGGCAUCCAAAAUUUGUUGUCAAUGUCUCGAACAGAGUUGGAGGAGUACAAUAUAGGUGAUGCCGUAAGAGAUCUAUGCUUGACACAUCAGUGGGACACAUGCAUCGACCACCAAAACGAAGACGUUCAAAAUGAAAGCAUAAUUGUCAUUUUGAAGUUGGCAAACAGAAUCUUUACAUCUUCUGUGCGUUCUGCGGAAUCAAUUAACGAGACGCUUCGUGAGUUAAUCAAUAUAUAUGACGUUGAGGGAAUUAUAUACGGCAUUGUUGAUCACGCUUUGCGCAAAACACUCAUGAAGGGUAAACAGUUCGUCAGUUAUAUGGUUAAUCAGCAUCAACUUGUUAUGUUAUUAAUGCCCCUGGCAAGAUCUGAUCUAGCAAGAAAAUAUCAGAACACCAUAAUUGAUAUUAUUUUUUUCAUUAUUGAGUACAAGGUUUCUGUGUCAAAAGAAGUGGACGAAUAUAUGGUAGCUUUAUUCAAGGCAAUAAUAAUCUAUGGGAACAAAGAGGUAGCUUUGAAAGUUUUAGAAAUUGUUGGUGAUUUUCUAAGCAAGCCACGUGUUUUAUUGACAAUAAUCAAAAUUGGACUAAUGAGUCAGGUCACUCUACUAUUUGCACACAGAACGAAUGUAGUCAAAGUCAAGGCAUUAAAGCUGAUUUCAAAGGUUACUGCUAAUAAAUACGUACAAGUUUAUCCGCAGUUGCUUCACAUCCCCAUUGUUUACGCUUAUGAGUUAUUGGUCCAUCCAAACAGAGAGAUACGCAAGUACUCCUUUCGUAUUCUAUUGAAUCUAACUUCUCUCAACAAUGGGGUUGUUGAAGCAAUUGCCGGCAGCUGUCUGAUACCACAAAUUUUGAAGGGCCUUAAUCAGCACUGUGUAGCGGUUAAACAUCUCGCAGCUAAAGUUAUAUAUAAUUUAACACGCUACAGUGGCGAAGCUGAUAUCAUAGUACUGAUUGAGCAGAACCAUAUUAUAGAAAACUUGUGCCGCUUCCUAACAUCGAAGGAUAAUGAACUACUAAUUCCGAUCUUAAAAGCAUUGAAGAACAUGUUAGAUAUGUGUGUGUAUGAAACAAGCUUUGAAUUGGAAUUGUUCAAUGGUUUUGAGACACUCUAUCGUCUGCAACGUAGUAAUGAUGCACGUGUUAGGGAAAUUGUCAAUUACAUUUUCGAGGAAUAUUUCUAUAAUUUCUAAUGCGGGCUUCAAGUCUGGUGUAUAGUUAUUGGUUAAUCAAAAAAAAUUUUCGGAACUAAAUUCAAAAGAAAACAAGUUUUUGCAAAUUAUAUACAUUUUUCCUUAAAAAUCAAAAUUUUUAUUGUAUGUAUAUUUGGUUGUUCAAAAUUCUUUGUAUAAAUUCAUGCAAUGUAUUUUAUUAAUUAAAUAUAAUCAGUUUAAAGGAAAUACAU